AACAUAUCACUAUGGUUACAGAGUCUGGCUAACUUUGCUGCCUCAAUAUUUCGCAAGUACCAAGUGGAGUUGGCGGGACUUCUACAGUAUGUGGCUAAUCAGCUCAAGGCAAACAAAAGCUAUGAUCUGCUUGUUCUCCGUGAAAUCAUCCAAAAGAUGGCAGGAAUAGAAAUCUCAGAAGAAAUCACAGAUGAUCAACUCCAUGCAAUGGCAGGAGGUGAAAUGUUGAGACAAGAGGGUGGUAACUUUGCUCAAGUUAGGAACACUAAGAAGUCCAGUGUGAAGCUGAAGGAAAGUCUGCUAGAACAUGACUUAGCACUGCCCUUGUGUAUACUCAUGGCACAACAGAGAGAUGGGAUCAUCUUCACUGAUCAAGAUGAUGAAACCCAUCUGAAGCUAGUUGGGAAACUAUAUGAUCAAUGCCAGGAUACUCUAGUCCAGUUAGGAAGUUUCCUUUCUACCCACAUCAGUACGGAUGAGUUUGCUCAGCGCCUCCCUAAGAUAGAGACUCUCUGCGACAUGUACCACAUGCCAGCUGAUGCAGCCUUCAGUAUACUCCGACCUGGCUAUGCUCACAGUAUACAGACAAAGUUUGAUGAACUCAGGAAGAUCGACAAAAGCAAUAAACUCACAUCAACAGCACAAAAGACUAAGAGAUACCUAGAAGCUGUCGAAGAAGUAAUAGAGCCUUUACAAAAGCAAGUCAUCCCUCUGCACGGUCCAAAGAUAUGGGAUGAACUCAGCCCUCAGUUCUAUGUUACAUUUUGGACUCUGUCUAUGUAUGACCUUCAGUCUCCUAGUGAGGUCUAUGAGAAACAGAUCCAAGCAUUGAAGACACAACAGACUGCCAUUGAGGACAAUCAUAGCCUUAGCUCCAGUAAGCAGAAAAAGGAGAGAGACAGAUGUAUUGCACUCAGGGAGAAGCUUGAAGAUGAGGAAAAGAAGCAGGUUGAGCACAUUAAUAGAGCCAUGGCCAGACUGGAUGAGGAGAAAGACACUUGGUUUGCACUCAAGACAUCUACUAAGAAUGAGAUGGUGACACAGCUGUUGCAGCUGUGUAUUUUCCCCAGAUGUGUGUUCACAGCUAUAGAUGCCCACUACUGCGCCAAGUUCAUACACGUCCUACAUACUCUCAAAACAAAUAAUUUCUCUACACUGCUUUGUUAUGAUAGGAUCUUCUGUGACAUCACAUACACUGUUUCUGUGUGUACUGAAAAUGAGGCUCAUCGCUAUGGGAGAUUCCUGAAUGCCUGCUUGGACUCCAUUAUGAGAUGGCACAGUUCAAAGGAGCACUAUGAUAAGGAGUGUGCCAACUUCCCCGGAUUCAUCACAGUGUUCCGUACAGCCAAGAAGAACAGCAACCAGCCUGACACACUGGAUUAUGAAAACUACAGACAUGUUGUGCACAAGUGGCAGUACACUAUGACCAAGGCUAUGGUGUGUUGCCUUGAGUCUCAGAACUAUGUCCAGAUCAGGAACGCUCUCAUAGUACUUACCAGAAUCUUGAAUCACUACCCCAAGGUGCAGCAAUUUGGCCAGGCUUUAGAGAGAAGGGUGGACCGUAUCAAGACAGAGGAGAAGGAAAAGAGACCAGAUAUAUAUGCACUUGCAAUGGGUUACACUGGUCAAUUGAAGUCCAAGAAAAGCAGCUGGGUUGCUGAGAAUCAGUUCCAUCACAAGGAGAAGCCAGUAGGUAAACCUAAUGGAACAGCCGCAAGUGGUGGAACAGCCAGCAAGUCUUCUGGGGCAUCUAAAGAUGCAAGCAAAGAGAGUAAAGAAUCUGAAAACAAUCCCACAGGAUCAAAAGAUGAUGAUAGACCUGAGAAAGAGAAGAAAAGCAGCAGUAAGAGUGACUCUAAGACAGAAAAUAGCAAAGUUAAAGCCUCUAAUUCAACAUCCAGUGAAAAGGUUAAAGCCUCAAGUUCAACAUCCAAUGAGAAAGUUAAAGCCUCAAGUUCAACAUCCAAUGAGAAGGUUAAAGCCUCAAGUUCAACAUCUGACAGGAAAGAUAAUUCAUCAGCCAGGUCAUCAAAAGAACGGGACUUGACAAGUGAACGUAAAUCGUCAUCCAAAGAUCGUGAAAAGUCACGUGAGAAAGGCCAAGGUGAUGACAAGCCACAUAAAGAAAAGAGCAGCCACAAGGACCGUAAGGAAGAAAAGGUUGCCAGUGACGAUAAGGAAAAACGACGCUCCCAUAAGCACAAGGAGGAAAAGGAGGAGAGAAAGGAGAGAAGUCGAAGCAAGGAGAGAGAUCGCGGUGAUCAUGCAGUGGCAUCUAGUGGCAGUAGUCACAGACGUAGCGCCGAACCAUCCCCUAAACACUCCGAACUGGAGAGAGAGAGCAAGCGAAGAAAGAUGGAAGCUCCAAGUGUAAAGAUAAAGAGACCCCUUGAACGUGAUGGGAAAACCACGGGACACUACCAGUCUACCAAAGAGGAUUCCCCACACAAUGAUGUCAAAGACAGCCAUAAGAGUUCAAGCAGACAGGGGUCAGAGGAAAGGGAGAGCCAGUCCAAGAAAGACAGAAAGAGAGUCAGCUACCCAGAUGACAGAUCAGCUGAGAAGGAAGACAAAGAUGCAAAGAGACGUAGGAGUGAAGACCCGUCUGGUAAAAGACAGAUGAAUGGUGAGUCUAGUCGUAGUUCUAAGAGUAAAGGUGAAGCCCAAUCAUCACCUAGUACCACUGAGAGGAAGGUGAAAACUCCCAAAGAAGAUAAAGAAAAAGACCGGGAAAGAAAGAGACACUCGAAAGAAUCUAAGAGGAGAGAAUAGAAGCAACCGUAGAGAUUACCAUAUAUGGUCAUAGAUACUAGACAGUACCAUAUAUGCUCAUAGACACUAGAUACCACCAUAUAUGAUACGCAGUGGAUAUUAGAAUAUUGAAUGGAGGAUAAUGUACUGAACAAAUAAUGAAUUUUCAAACAGUGCAGUAGUUCAGACAUACACUGUUAUAUGUCAUGUGAUAUGCCUUAUAUGGAAGAACAAUUGAAUUGUAUAUCGUACAAACUCUUCUUUACUCUUCCCAAGGACACUUGGAGGACAUAGAACUCAUCCAGCCAAUCCUAGAAUGUUUACUGUAAAUUGUGUUGCAUCUUUUUGACAUCUGAAUGCUGAGAUUUGGAUGGUAUGAAAAUGUGUUCAAACUUAAUAUAAAAAUGUGUUCAAAAUAUUUUUGAUAAAUGAAGAAUAGCCUCAAAUCAGUUGAAUUUUGAAUAUACUGUAAGGUGGAGUGGACGUAUUGCAGAGUGGACGUAUUGCAAUUUUGAAUGGUGAAGGAACAGAAAUGCGUGGUACUUAAAUAAGAAAUGCAAUUUGUGUGCCAGUUAAACUGUUAACAGUUACUGAAUAUUGGGUUAAUUUGGCGAAUUUGG